AUGGGGGGAAAGCCGGAUGGGGACGAGGCCUACGGGAAACCAGUCAAAUAUGACCCUUCCUUUCGAGGCCCCAUCAAGAACAGGAGCUGCACAGAUGUCAUCUGCUGCGUCCUCUUCCUCGUCUUCAUUCUGGGUUACAUUGUGCUAGGGAUCGUGGCUUGGAUGUAUGGAGACCCCCGGCAAGUCCUCUACCCCAGGAACUCUACUGGGGCCUACUGUGGCCUGGGGGCGAACAAAGAUAAACCCUAUCUCCUGUACUUCAACAUCUUCAGCUGCAUCCUGACCGCCAACAUCAUCACAGUCGCUGAGCACGGCCUGCAGUGCCCCACACCCCAGGUGUGUGUGUCCUCCUGUCCAAAUGCCUCAUGGACCGUGAAUAAAAAUGAGCUGUCACUGAAGGUCGGGGAGGUGUUCUACGCAGCAAACCGCAAUGUGUGUCUGCCAGGGGUGCCCUGGGAUAUGCCUGUACUACAGAGCCUGGAACAGGAGCUCUGCCCCGGUUUCCUCCUCCCUUCCACUCCAGCUCUGGGGCGAUGCUUUCCACAUCCCAACAGCACUCAGUUCGAGCUCCCAGGGAUCUCCGGCAACACCUCCAUCAACCAAGGGAUCAGUGGUGUUCUUGGCAGCCUCAAUGCCCGUGACAUCAGUGUCAAGAUCUUUGAAGAUUUUGCUCAGUCUUGGUACUGGAUUCUUGUUGCCCUCGGUGUGGCUCUGAUCCUGAGCCUGCUGUUUGUCCUGCUCCUGCGCCUGGUGGCCGGGCCCCUGGUGCUGGUACUGAUUCUGGGGGUGCUGGGGGUGCUGGCAUAUGGCAUCUACCACUGCUGGAAGGAGUACCAAGUGCUGCGGGACAACGGUGCCUCCAUCACCCAGCUGGGCUUCACCACCAACCUCAGCGCCUACCGCAGUGUUCAGGAGACCUGGCUGGCGGCCUUGGUCGUGCUGGCUGUACUGGAAGGUCUCCUGCUGGUCACACUCAUCUUCCUGCGGCAGCGGAUCUGCAUCGCCAUCGCCCUCCUGAAGGAAGCCAGCAAGGCCGUGGGACAGAUGAUGUCUGCCAUGCUCUACCCGCUGGUCACGUUCGUCCUCCUGCUCAUCUGCAUUGCCUACUGGGCCAUGAGUGCUCUGUACCUGGCCACCUCCGGACAACCACAGUACGUCCUCUGGGCACCCAAUGUCAGCUUAGCCAGCUGUGAGAAAGUGCCAAUAAAUGCAUCAUGUGACCCUAUGGCUGAGCCCAUGAACUCCUCGUGCCCAGGGCUGAUGUGCGUCUUCCAGGGCUAUUUGUCCACAGGCCUGGUACAACGUUCUCUUUUCAACUUGCAAAUAUAUGGGGUCCUGGGGCUAUUCUGGACCAUCAACUGGGUCCUGGCCCUGGGCCAAUGUGUCCUGGCUGGGGCCUUUGCCUCCUACUACUGGGCCUUCCACAAGCCCCAGGAUAUCCCCACCUUCCCCCUGAGCGCUGCUUUCCUCCGCACACUGCGGUACCACACCGGGUCGCUGGCCUUUGGGGCCCUCAUCCUGACUCUUGUGCAGAUAGCCCGGGUCAUCUUGGAGUACAUUGACCACAAACUGAGAGGAGUCCAGAACCCUGUGGCCCGCUGCAUCCUGUGCUGCUUCAAGUGCUGCCUCUGGUGUCUGGAAAAGUUUAUCAAGUUCCUGAACCGCAAUGCAUACAUCAUGAUUGCCAUCUAUGGGAAGAAUUUCUGUGUCUCAGCCAAAAACGCCUUUAUGCUGCUCAUGCGGAACAUUGUCAGGGUGGUCGUCCUGGACAAAGUGACAGACCUGCUGCUGCUCUUCGGGAAGCUGCUCGUGGUGGGAGCUGUGGGGGUCCUGUCCUUCUUUUUUUUCACGGGUCGCAUCCUGGGGCUGGGUAAAGACUUUGAGAGCCCCCACCUCAACUAUUACUGGCUGCCCAUCAUGACCUCCAUCCUGGGGGCCUACGUCAUCGCCAGCGGCUUCUUCAGUGUUUUUGGCAUGUGUGUGGACACGCUUUUCCUCUGUUUCUUGGAAGACCUGGAGCGGAACGACGGCUCCCCGGACCGGCCCUACUACAUGUCCAAGUGCCUCCUGACGAUUCUGGGCAAGAAGAACGACGCGCCCCCUGGGGACAAGAGGAAGAAGAGAGAGACGCGGCCCUGAGCUAGGGCUGCCCCUGUCUCUACG